GGUGGACAACAAAGAACAGUGAAUCUGACAGGGGUGAUAGAGAGGUUGUUCAGGAUGGGUGAUUUCGUGUCUAGGCCGGAGUUGCAAGUUAUUGGAGCGAAACAGUUAGUGGACAGUGACACCUAUCUUUACCUGUCUGAUGGUAUCCACUUUAAACCUGGAUUGCUCCAAUUGGAUGAUGACUUCAAUCUCUCAAGUCUGCAUGUAGGCUCGAUUGUUAGACUCACUGAUUACUUUGUGGACAAGUGGAUUAUUUUUAUCAAUGACCUUGAAGUUGUACAGGACAAAUGUGAUCUGAUCGGAGAACACGUGACUCCCCUCUAUUCUGGCGAAAGGGCUGAUCUGACUGAAGGGGCGAUCGCAAGAAUGUGCUGCGACAAAUUCUCUUGUGAUGAAGAGUUUAAGCCGACGCUGUUGCAAGUUAUCCACGUGUAUACCCACCAGCUUUUGUUGUCUGACGGUUUGAAUUUUAAUAUUGCAACCCUCCCAAUGAAUUUGGAAUGGAACUCAAAGCUACAGGUUGGCUCAGUUGUUGAACUCAAAAGCUUCACCGUGUGUGCAAUUCAAAACACCAGGGUUAUUCACAUUUUUGACCUAGACGUCAUACAGGAAAAACGCAUGCUGAUCGGAAAACCUCUCCCACUACCCAAAAAUGCACCUGUCCUAGAUGUUAAACUGGAUAAAGGUGUUCAGAACCUUAUGCUACUGGAGUUCAACAAGUGUCAUGUGUGUGAUGUAUGAGUGAGGUACACCUCCAUUGUGUCAUGUGCUCUGUACCAGCAUUUGGUGUUCUAUGGAUAUCAUGUGAUUUGUACCUGCAUUUUGUGUUUUAUGGAUAUAACUCUCUAAUAUAACAUUUAGUACAGAAUGAUGAGACGAAGUAAGAUGACACAAAAAAGGUUGUGCAUUUAGAAGUUGUUUAGGAGGAGGGGCUAUAAAAUCCAUGAUGCGGGAGAGUAGAUUCGCUUAGAGGGUGCUGAAUAGGGGGAA